CCAUAUUUACUAAAGUUCGUAGACGUAGACGUAGACGUAAACUUAGACGUAGCGUACGUUUACGUCUAAAUCGGUAUUCACAAAAUGACGUUGACGUAAAAUUACGUCAUAAUCGGACGUAAAUCUACGUCUGCUCGAUAGGUACACGUAUCUUAUCAAACAUGGCGGCGAUUUUGUUUACACUUGCGAGAGAGAGGAGUCUGAGACGUCAGAGAGUUUUCCGGGACCGGACUAACCCCUUAGAUGUUUUCAGCGACCGAGAACUAAUUUGCCGUUAUCGAUUCCCGAGGCGGACCAUCGUUGAUUUCAUUCAGCAGGUGGACAGAAGACUUUCACGACCUACUAACAGGUCCCAUCCUUUGCCUGUUUCAUCUAUGGUGUUGGCAACUCUUCGAGUUCUGUCCAAAGGAGACUUUCAGUCUGAGGCUGCUGACAUACAUGGUAUUUCUCAACCCUCGUUCAGCAGAAUGUUUAUGGGAGUCGUUGAUGCCCUGAAUGCCAGCCUUGACAACAUAAUUUUUCCGAUGGGGCAAGAGGAAAUUCUUCGGACAAAGGAGGAAUUUUUGAGGGUGGCAAACUUCCCCAACGUAGUUGGUGCCAUUGAUGGAACUCUGAUUCCAAUCAUGGGAAUGACUGGAGACGAUGAGCAUGUUUUUGUGUGCAGGAAAGGAUUUCAUGCCAUAAAUAUGCAGGGAAUCGUGACGGCUGACCUGAGAUUUACAAACAUCGUUUGCAAGUAUGGGGGUGCCACACAUGAUGCAUACAUACUUGCAAACUCGUGCAUUCCCGAGAUAAUGGACCAGCUGCCAGGUGGAGGAUGGCUUUUAGGGGACAGUGGCUACCCCCUUCGUCCAUGGUUAAUGACUCCUUUCCUCACACCCCAAGCAGGACAGCAGGAGAAAUACAAUGCCAGUCACAUUAAGACAAGAAACUGUGUUGAGAGGGCUUUUGGUGUCCUUAAGUCCAGAUUUCGAUGUCUGCACAAAACAGGAGGAGCUUUGGCCUACACCCCUUCAAAAUGUGUGAGGAUCAUCGAAUGUUGCUGCCGCCUCCACAACAGGGCCAUCGAAGACCGCAUUCCAGCACCAGCAAUGGGACAAGUACCCAUCUUCUCUGAUAAUGACACUUUCAAUGCUGAAACUAUUGUCAAUGCAAACGCAGUUAACACCAGAAACAUCAUUGUUAGAAGAUUUUAAUUUUUUAGUGGAAUUGUCUGUCUAUUUGAUAUAUUUGCCUGUCCAAUAGUUAGUAAUUUUUGAUAAGUAAUGUGCAACACCCUGUUAAAUGUAGACUGAUAUUUUAAUUAUUCAAAUAAGUGAUAAUUUUUUUUCUGCUUACAGGUCAUUAUCUUUGAAUUGUACAAAAGUUAGUAUGUUAAAUGUGUUCUAAGAUUGAUGUUUUCCAAUUUGUUAUCUAAAAAAUCAUGUUCUACAUUGUCAACUCAAUUAUGGUAAACGAUUUGGUUAUUGUUUUAGAUUUGUUUUAUUUGAUAUUUUUAUAGAGAGAUAUCAUUUAAAGCUGCCAUCUUACUGUAGAAUUGUUAUAUUCCAUUUUUGAAUUCUCCAUCUAACUGGAACACAUACAAAGAAACACUUUUUUGUUAAUCCACAGUGUCAUUUUCAAUUUUUUUUUUUUAAAUCAAAAAAUUAAUACUGUUCAACACAUCAAGAUAAUGCCAGAGUAUGACUUACUGUACUGUUUAAUUUACAUUUAAUAUGCAUGUAUUAUUGUUAAAGUUGUCUUGAGAUGGUACUCUUAAAAUACAUUUAUGAAAUAUAUUGAGUCCCUUGAAAUUUAGCAUGUGUUUAUUUGUUAUUUGAUAAAUUUAAAAAUGAUUAAGUCUAUUUUCCAAGACAAUUCAUUCAUGUACUUAAUGUUUUCACAUUCUUUAAAAUAUAAACAAAAAUAUUCUAGUCCAUAUGGUGGAUAAUUAUAAUAAAAUUUAAUAUAACCAGCAAAUUAAAAAUGCUGCUUCCAUACAAGUAAUUGUAAUUGUAAUAAUGGUCAGAAAAGGCAGAACAAGAUAUCUGUGAGCUUAAUGUUCACUAGUAAUACCCCGCUCUGAUGUGAAUAUGCAAAAUGAGCAAAGUUGACAGAAAGCUGAUUGGUACAAAAAUAAAUCCUAACUUCUGGCAUGCCUAAACAAAUAGUGUGUUAAAAUUUCAAGCAUCUGUGAUGAAUAGUUGCUGAAAAACUGUGACAGAAAUUACCGUUACUGACAGACAGAUGAACAAAAGGACAGUCAUGAGACAGACAGACACACAAGGGUAAAACAGUAUAACCCCUUCUCCUUUGGAGCGGAGGUAUAAAAAACAUUGGUCUCACAGAGGGUGGAAGUUU